AUAACCCUGGGUUAGAGGGUUUGAAUAGUUCAGUUUACUGUAAUCAGUUACCGUGAAUACAGGCGUACGCAAAUAUAUUGCUUAACUCUCAGCUAAUAGGAGUGAAAGAUUUGAGAAGAAAUAUUGGAAAUUCGCAUUCAGUCGUGUCUUAACUUGGGUUCACUAUGCAAGGAGAUAUGGAGGUUGGAUCUAUGAGAGCUGAGUUGGCUAAGCAUGGUCAGGAGCAUCUCCUUAAUCACUGGGAUUCUAUCUCUACGGAGGAGAAGAAGCUCCUGAUGAAGGAGCUCCAGGAGCUCGACUUCAAGGAGCUCAACGAGUACUUCAACAGAACUGUUGGGGAGCUGGAGUCUGCUGGACAGAAGCUGGAUGAUAGGAUGGAGCCCCUUGAUGAGGACCAAUGUGGAGCUAUGGUUAAAUCAACUAACGAGGAGCUGGACCACUAUGAGUCCUUGUCUAUGUCUGAGAUCGGAGAAGGACGUGUUGGUAUCCUACUGCUGGCAGGAGGACAAGGAACUAGACUGGGAACUAGUUAUCCUAAGGGAAUGUAUGAUGUUGGUUUACCAUCAGGGAAAACAUUGUUCCAACUUCAGGCUGAGCGUAUUCUGAAGCUUGAAAGAUUAGCUGCGGCUAGAACAGGAAAAGACGGAAAAAUCACCUGGUACAUCAUGACCUCAGCCUCUACUGUCGGCCCCACCCAGGCCUUCUUCAGCUCCAACAACUACUUCGGGCUGAAGCAGGAGAACAUCGUUGUAUUUCAACAGGGAACCCUCCCUUGCUUCACGUUCCAAGGUAAGAUCCUCCUGGCAGAGAAGCACAAGCUGUCCAGAGCUCCUGAUGGGAACGGAGGACUGUACCGUGCUCUCCGGGUUCAAGGAGUACUAGAGGAUAUGAAGAAGCGUGGUAUCAAGAGUAUCCAGCUGUACUGUGUAGAUAAUAUCCUUGUCAAGGUUGGGGAUCCAGUAUUCAUGGGAUACUGUCUAGCUAAGGGAGCAGAGUGUGCAAAUAAGGUUGUACGGAAAGGGUUUCCUACGGAAGCUGUUGGUAUAACAUGUAAAGUGGACGGACACUAUCAGGUGGUAGAGUACUCUGAGAUAACGAAUAGUUCUGCGGAGCGAAAGAACCAUGAUGGAAGUCUGGUGUACUCUGCAGCAAACAUCUGCAUACAUUUCUUCACCUUCGAGUUCUUAGAACGAGUUGUGACAAAGAACGAGAAAUCUCUUCAGCAUCACGUGGCCAAGAAGAAAAUUCCGUUCGUUGACGAAUCUGGGGAGAUUGUCUCUCCGUCAACUCCAAACGGAAUCAAGAUGGAAAAGUUUGUUUUUGAUGUCUUCAGGUUUGCGAAUAAUUUCGUGGUUUGGGAAUGUCUCCGAGAUGAGGAAUUUGCUCCCCUCAAGAAUGCUGAGGGAGCUAAAGAUUUCACUCCCUCUUACUGCAGAAAUGCACUUCUCUCUCUACAUCAGAAAUGGCUAAAAAUGGCUGGAGCACAGAUAGUUAGUGGAUCAGGUACUGAGUAUCCUCUGAUGACCAGCCCGGCUAGUGAAGGAAACAAUAACUCUGAAAGUAUUGAGGACGAACCCGAGGUUGUCCUCACAGAAAUCUGUCCUCUACUCAGCUAUGCCGGAGAAGGACUUGAACCACUAGUCUCGGGAAAAAAGUUGACACCUCCCAUUCAUCUUACCCUUUCCUCAUGAUCCUUCAAUAUACCCUUUCCUCAUGAUCCUUCAAUAUACCCUUUCUAUGAUCCUGCAAUAUACCCUUUAUUCAUGAUCCUUCAAUUCACCCUUUCCUCAUGAUCCUUCAAUAAAUCCUUUCAUCAUGAUCCUUCAAUAUAUGUUUUCCUUCAACUAGAAUCUCCUCAUAAACCUCAAAUUCACCUUCCUUAUUUAUCCUAUUCUCCUUCUUCUCCUAAAAUCCUCCAAAAAUGCUCAAGCUCCUGAAGUAAAACUAACCCGAUGCUUUUCUGUACUUAUCCUUCAUAACUCCUUCGUUAACCUUUAUAUAAUAUAAUGUAUUGUAAAUAUAUAUAUCUAAUGUAUGAGGAAGUCCCAUUGAAGGAUAUUAAAAUUUAUGAUGCGAGACUAAAUUGCUCCGAAACCCCCCAAGCACAAGAAGAACCAUUUUAUAAACAAUAUAUAUAUGUUAUGUGGCAUUACAUAAAGUAAGAAUAUAUCUGUGAUUUUAUUGAUUAUGAUUCUACGAAGAUUUUAUACUUUUACUUUGCAAAAUAAAUACUAUAUUUUAUAAAACUGA